AAUAUCUGGCAUUUCUGUAUAUUUGUGUACUAUUGGCACGUUCUGGUUUUGCUGUAAACAAACAGUGUGAUUUUCCUUAAUAUUUUAGAGAAUUUCCAAAAACAUACUUUCACUUUAUUGAAAUGAGUACCAAAAUGAAUAAAGUACAUCUCUCUAAAGGAAUCCUAGAAAUGAAGUUCAUGUCCCGCACGAGGGAAAAACUAGAGAAAGAGAAAGAUGACGCAGAAGGAAGAGCAUUAUACUCGAAUGAAAUCACCGAUAAAAUGCUGCAUGACUCCUCCAAGUAUAUUAUCGAAACCAGCUAUGUUCCCUGCGAAGAUCUUAUUGAAGGUCGUGUAAGUUAUGGUGGUAUGAAUCCAGAAAUAGAGCGUAUAAUCGAGCUGGAAAAGAACAAGGACCUCGCAAUUAAAAUCGAAAAAGAACGCGCUGAGGCUGCGGAAAAGCAACGUAUGCGUAGGGACGUUCCGGACGAAGAGAUGGCCAAAUUCUACACUAGUGUUGUAAAAACGAUGAAGAAAAAAUAUGACAAACGCCAGACCAUUCUUCCUCUUAAUGUCAAACGAAUGGAGCGACCAAAAGACGAUUAGAAUAAAUAUCACCAACUUAAAUAAAAGAUACAACACUAAUGUAAUAAGUUUAUAACCGGCUCUGUUGAAAUAAUUUUAAAAUUUAUACUUCAA